AUGAUUGGAAAGGCUCGCAGUACGAUUCCCAUCUCCGCGCCCUUCGGGCAGCCCGUGAUCGUCUCCAACAUGGGGCACUUCCGAAUCCAGCGCCGCCACGACCCCACGGAGUCACGGCUGAAUCUUCUCCUCAGGCUCACUCACCUCACGGCGACGCGCCUUGACGCUUUGCUGUCGAGCCGCUGUCACACUCUGCUGCGCCUCGCGGUCACGCCUCCCACAUCACUACAUCUUCAGCGGACGUUGUCAGCCCUGCAGUACCUGUACUUCCACGGCCACCUGAAGUUCCUCAUGGCGAAGCGCUUGGACGAUCUGCCGCCGAGCCAUUGCCACACUCCACCGCUCGCCGCGGCCACGGCUACCACAUGA